UUUGGUUUGUCGGAAGAUAAUCAGAUAGCCUCGUUUAUUUUGGGGCGAGAUGUAAAAAGCACGAGUGGAACUCGGCCACAACUGUCUCCCUCAGAAUGCAUCUGAUAUUAUCCAUUUUUUCGCCUCGCAUAUCUCUCCGAAAUGUGCACAUCAAAAUCCAACGAAAUCCGAGAUAAUACCGAAGCCAACUCUGGAGGAAACAUUAGAGAGCAGAAGUUAGGUUAUUAGAAUCCAUAGCCCAGUAAUAAGCUCAAGUCUGGCCUACGGUUGCAUUGUCUGUUUCUGUCGUCUGUGAACCUUGGCCCACGCGAGAACUGCGGCGGGCCUGUCGUCGUCGUACGGCAGCUCUGUUGAGAUAUUUGCGGAGAAGCCUAAGAAUUGUUAGGCCAAAACGAUAGGAGACCCACGCGAAUGCGACGGAGGUAGCAAGCCGUUUCUCCGCGAGUGAGAAGUAUAUAUCCAUAGGAGCUUGCUGAAACGGAAGAAGUUCCUCCCCUCUCCCUCCCCACAUAUGGAUGCUGUUGAUAUUUUCUUUGUCGUUGUGUUGUUGAAGUCAAAGAGAUUUGUUUACUUCCAAGGAAAGAAAAGGGAAAAGAGCCUCGGUUUCGGAUAAACUUAUCGGCGGCCGUAUUGUGGGAUGCCAUCACGUGCCUCCCGCAUUUGGAAUUUUCAAACCUCCGCGACGAUUCAAUCUUCGCCUGACGAUAUCAAACAAGAAAAAGAACCAGCAGCACCACAGGCCCCGUGUCAGCUCAAUUCCCUCGCCUUCGUCCUCCACCCUCUCCCUCUGCUCUCCGCUACGUGAUAAAAGCCGUUUCUGUCAGAUCUCUCAUUCUUCAACAGCCAUGUCAAUUCCUUCACAGACGGCAGCCCGAUCCUGCCGCAACCUCCUCCGCCAGCCGCCGUCCUUCCGUCUCUCCUCCUCUACAUGCUUCUCUCAAUGCAAACGAACAAUCCCAGCUGCAGUCGGAGCGAGAAGAUGGCAGUCCACCGAGGCGCCGCCGGCGGCUCCUUCGAACCCUAAGAUCACACAGAUUGUGGACCAAAUAAGUCAAUUGACAUUGUUGGAGACUGCUGAUCUGGUUUCGAGCUUGAAGUCUCGCCUUAACAUUCCCGAUCUGCCCAUUGGCGGUUUUGCGGCCGGUCCAGCUGGUGGUGCUGCCCCUGCUGCCGUGGAAGAGGAGGAGCCCGCGCCAGCUGCCCAGGAGAAAACAUUGUUCAACUUGAAAUUGGAGUCCUUCGACGCUGGCUCAAAGCCCAAGGUCAUCAAGGAGAUUAAGUCACUUCUCAGCCUGAGCUUGGUUGACAGCAAGAAAUUUGUGGAAAGUGCCCCGAAGGUGAUGAAGGAGUCUGUACCUAAAGAGGAGGCAGAGAAGAUUGUUAAGGCAAUGAAGGACCUGGGGGCUAAGGUUGUCAUGGAGUAGUUCUGUGUUUUAUUGAUGUUUUUUCUUGUCCCUCAUCCCAUUUCCUGGAGUUUAAACGGUGUGGGGAUAGAAUAUUGUUCACUGGACGACUGGAGCUGCGAAACAGUGGAUGCUCUGUUUGAUAGUUCUGUAUGUGUACGAGCGUGGAGGCAAUAUAUUGUACAUUAUCGCUUUUUGGCUAUGAGAUCCUUCUCAUUCUUACCCUUCUUUUGAAAGCUUUCCCCAUUGAGGGUUUCACACCACUUAUCGUAAACGAUGCGGCUUCUAGCAUGAGGUUUAAAGUCAACAGUCCUUUGGCAAAGAAAAUCAAUUUCUCCCUUUAAACAGCAUUUAUGAAAUCUCAGCCAAUUUAUUACUGCAGGAAACUGAAUAUUUAAUACCUGGAUUUCACUAGAAAAUCCCCGACAUUGAACUUUAAACGAAUGUACCUGCUUACUAA